AAGGCCGUGCUUCUCUGUAUCUAGCUCCCCUCUCUCUCUCUCUAGCAUUUUCUCUCUCUAACAUUUUCACUCUCUUUGAAUUCAAGAGAAGAAGAGAGAAGAGAGAGAGUGGACAUGGGUCAGCCAGCCAAAGCCAGACCAUCUUACCACCUAUGCUGUUAUAACCAUCCAAUCUGUCCAAUCCCAAAAUCCCUCGGCCACUCGCAUUUCUAGGGUUACCGAGAUCCGAAAAUCUCUCGCUUAGCUCCCCUCUCUCUCUCCCUCGUCUGUGACAACUGACAACCCACAUUUCAAAUCAAGGAAUUAAAAAAAAAAAAAUUCCAAGAAAACAGAAAGAGAUUAUUUUUCGAAAUUCCGAGGUUUUUUUUUUUUAAUCGUCAAAAUUUUAUUCUUCGUUAUUUCUGGUAUUUUCCAUCUUUUUCUCUCUCCUUCCUUCUCGAUUUUCCAGAAAAUAGAAUAUUAGCAGCUUCUGUAAUUGCUUGUACCAAUUGAGAACACAAAAGAAUCAAAGGUCUCUCUGAUCUCGAGUCUCGACACGCCGUGGGAAGUCAAGUCUCAGCAGGAUUCCUGUUUCAAGUUCAUUUUCUGGAUUUGGAGGGAGAAUGUGAGUCUUCUUCACGUUGUUGCACUAACAGGGUUUGGAUUUUCAACGAGUGCACUUUUCGUUGUUGAGGUGGGUUUAGGGGGUUUGGAAGAGGGAAGAAAGCAGCUGUCUUGGAUUAUAUAGAAUUUGGAUUUGCAAGGUUUGGAUUUUGGAGGAGGAUUUCAGGGGUUCAGAUGGUCACUAAAAAUGUUCAGUGGUUGGCUAGGAUCAAGGGUUUUGGUUUAUGGAUAUUGUAAGAGAAACGGUCAGCUGAUUCGGGUUGUCUAAAGGUUCUGGAAAAUUGGACUUUCAGGAGGGAAAGAAUGCUUGUUAAUCUCUGCCCUUUAUGCGUCAGAAGUUACAGGCAAUAACAAGAGAUUUUGCAGGGAAUUGCAGGGGCCCAGAAGUUACUGUGACAAGAGGAGAAGGUGAGGUGGAAUUAUGGGCUGCAUUUGCUCAAAAGGGGCCUCUAGCGAUCAGCCUGCUGAGGUACAGAGAGAGAAAGAAUCUAAUAAGUCCUCCAAAAGGCUGGUUACUCCCUCUAAGAGAGAGGCAGUUGUAGUGGAGACUAGGAGUAUAGGUAAUGGAGGGUCUGAUGGAUUGGCAUUGCUUAAGGCACCACAACAAGAAAAUUCCAAUUCUACUCCACCGAUUCCAACUGAUAAAGGAGAAAAGAAACCAUUGGUUGUCCAACCACCACCAAAAGGCCAUCAUCAGAGACGGGCCACAUUAGAUAUCAGCACUGGCCGGGGCCAGCUGCCAAUGUCAAGGAUAAUUAGUAUAUCCAAUGGUGCAGCAGGGGAACAUGCUGCUGCAGGUUGGCCAUCUUGGCUUACAGCAGUGGCAGGAGAGGCUAUCAAAGGGUGGGCUCCUCGAAGAGCAGACACAUUCGAAAAGUUGGACAAAAUUGGACAAGGAACUUACAGCAAUGUAUACAGAGCCCGUGACCUUGAAACUGGCAAAAUUGUUGCAAUGAAGAAAGUUCGGUUUGUUAAUAUGGAUCCGGAAAGUGUCCGUUUUAUGGCCAGGGAAAUCUAUAUUUUGCGUAAACUUGAUCAUCCAAAUGUUAUGAAGCUUGAAGGGUUGGUCACUUCUCGUAUGUCAUGCAGCUUGUACCUUGUAUUCGAAUAUAUGGAGCAUGAUCUUGCUGGGCUUGCGGCAACACCUGGUAUCAAGUUUACCGAAUCACAGAUUAAAUGUUAUAUGCACCAGCUACUUCGUGGGCUUGAACACUGUCAUAGUCGUGGGGUCCUACAUCGAGACAUCAAGGGUUCAAAUCUUUUAAUUGACAAUAAUGGUAAUCUCAAAAUUGCUGACUUUGGGUUGGCAACCUUCUUCAAUCCUGAUAACAAACAGCCAUUGACGAGCCGUGUUGUUACUCUUUGGUAUCGGCCUCCUGAGCUCUUGCUUGGUGCUACGGAUUAUGGUGUUGCUGUGGACCUCUGGAGUGCUGGUUGCAUCCUUGCAGAAUUGCUUGCGGGGAAGCCUAUAAUGCCAGGAAGAACUGAGGUAGAGCAACUGCAUAAGAUCUUUAAGCUUUGUGGUUCCCCAUCUGAUGAAUACUGGAGGAAGUCAAAAUUGCCGCAUGCAACUGUUUUUAAGCCUCAACAGCCUUACAGGCGCUGUCUUCUUGAGACAUAUAAGGACUUCCCCUCAUCUGCUUUGGCUCUCCUGGAUGUUCUACUUGCAGUUGAACCUGAAGACCGAGGAUCAGCUGCUUCGGCACUUAACAGUGAGGUAAUUUGUGUUUUUUUUUGCUGA